UACUCUGAUGAGAGCAGUGAAACUUUCCCCAGCCUCCACUCCCUUCCGGACUCCUUGCCUUGCAAAAGUGUGCGCAGACCCGGCAGACCGCUGUGGAGAGGUUCAGGAUUUGGGGGGGUUUGUUUUUAACAAUCUAACGAAGAAAAGGUUUUGUUUGUUUUUUCAAAUCUUGGCUGAUCGCUCUACUAAACCCAAGUAGGACUAUAGUGCAAGUUUCCCUUCACUAACGAACUUUUACUCAUUUGGAUUAAUCAGCUAGAUUAUGGAAAAGCUUGUGAGAGAGCGCCUUUCCUUAGCGCGCGGGAUACGCACGGUCCUUCUGGCACUUGUACUUUGCGCGCAGGCUUGUUUUGGCUUUUCGGUCGCUGGACAGCAGGAGAGCACCUGCGAGGCCAAUGGCAGCAUUUACUACAUGGGAGAAUGGUAUUUCCUGGACUCUGAUCACUGCACUCAAUGUGAGUGCACCGCUGAGGGCUCCGUGUGUGCCCGCACUGAAUGCACCUCUCUCCCAGCUGCAUGUAUCCACGUUAGCCACUACCCCACCGACUGCUGCCCCAGGUGUGAAAAAAUUGGGUGCGAGUAUCGAGGGGUGGUGUACGAGCUAGGACAGAACUUCCAGCCAUCAGAAUGUGAGCAGUGCACUUGUGACAGUGAUGGCAUUGCCCGCUGUCUUGUGGCAGAUUGUGCGCCUCCACCAUGUGUCAACCCUGUCUAUCAGCCUGGGAAGUGCUGCCCUGAAUGCAAGGAGGGUCCUAACUGCUAUGUUGAUGGAUCACGCAGUAAAGUGAUUCCUGCAGGAGAGCCCAUCUGGGUUGACUCCUGCACCAAGUGUCGUUGUCACGACGGCCAAGAUGCUGGUUACUGGGAGGGAAACCGCCUCGCCACCUGUUCCCGCCUCAGAAACUGUAAACCUCACCAGCCGCCCACCCAGCAAAACUGAUUCUCUGUCAGUAGGUAGACUGUCAGAGGUCUACAUUUCUUAAAAUACAUGUUGUUUAAAGAAGCAGUAUGUUAAUGUACUGUACAGUACUGUGCAAAUGUCUUAAGCCA